UGGUGUCCUUAAAUUUUAUAAAUAAAUAAAACCUCUAAUCUAAUUAAUGGUGUCCAAAAUCCAGUCUAUAACAUUAAUAACUGUUCAUUAUUGUCCUAAUUAAUUUUUGCAACUAAACACAACAAAUUUGCAACCAUAUGUAUAUAGCAUUAAGGUCCCACCCUACUAACCCUUUUCAUAUUUUUUCAUUUUUUUUUUGUAAUUUCUUCAAAAAAUAAAUUUCCCUUCUUGUAGUUGUUGGACCCUUUUCUUUCUCAGGCUUUUUCAGACAACUUUGUUGGAAGAUGAAGUAAAGAAUGAAGAUGAAGAAGACCUUCAAUGACAACGAUUUGAAUUCAUAAAAUCACUUGCUUUUGGAAACUUGUACUUCAUUCUUUAUGGUUUGAAGUUGAUCAGGAUCUGUUUUACAACCAUGCAUAUAGGUCAAACGGAUACAGCUUCAGUAAAAUGUCUGAUCAACAGCAUUUCUCGAUUCAUUCUUCUGGUUUCUUGCCAAACAGUGAAACCUAUGCCCUUCCAAAAGAUUUGUAAUAAUAUGGUUGAGGUGUUAAAGCGUUUGAAGCCAGUGCUUGAUGACGUUAUGGAUUACAAUAUAUCUUCACAUGAAAAUUUAUGUAAAGUAUGUGAAGAGUUGGAUAUACGGGUUAAUGAAGCAAGGGAUUUCAUUGAAAAUUGGGGUCCAAAGAAGAGCAAGAUUCAUAGUGUUCUACAAAGUGGUACAUUGUUGAUCAAGUUACAAAGCACUUCACUGGACAUUUGUCACAUGAUAGUUAAAUCCUUACAGUCACCUCCAUCUGCAUCAGUUUUGGCUAACCUCCAGCACUAUAUCCAAGAACUUCAGUGUCUCAAGAAGGAAACGGCGAUGGUCUAUAUAGAAAAGGCACUGAGAAACCAAAGAGAUAAUAUUGAACCUAGCUACGAGCAUCUAAAGGAAAUUAUUGAGUUACUUAAACUGGCAUCAAACCAGGAGCUCUUGAAAGAAAGUAUUGCUGUGGAGAAGGAAAGAUUGAACAUGGAAGGGCAUAAAAUGAUAGGGGAGUUGGAAGAAAUCAAUGAAAUUGUGAAUCUUGUCCGCAACAUAUGUGAUUAUGUGGUGAAAACUGAGUGCUUUUCUGUCAAAAGUGGAGUCUCCCUUCCUCCAUAUUUUCGUUGUCCUUUAUCAUUGGAACUCAUGUUGGAUCCUGUUAUCGUGGCUUCGGGUCAAACGUAUGAGAGGCAGUCCAUCCAAAAGUGGCUUGAUCAUGGACUGACAGUUUGUCCGAAGACUCGUCAAAGACUUACUCACACGAAUCUCAUUCCCAAUUAUACAGUCAAAGCUAUGAUAUCAACUUGGUGUGAGGAAAAUAACACUGACCAUUCGGGUAACUCUGAACACAGUAAUUCUGCCGAUAUCACAACUCCCUCUGAUCACUUAUUGUCUCAAGAAUUAGCUCGAGCAUGUGGUUUCGGGUCUGCACCCAGUGGCAGUUCAAUUUCAAGACCAUCUCUUCAAACUGGAAACGCAUUCGAAAAACAAAAGGGUGACAACUCGUUCAGAUCAAAUGGAGAAUGCAAUGGAUGGCAGAAUGCAGCUAUAGAAAAGUGGGAGCUACAAUCUCCAUAUAAUCACAGCAGAAGUGAAUCGUUUUCAAGUUCAAUCUCUAGUAGUGAUUGUCUACUUGUUGCAGUUUCAAAUAACGUGUUGAAGAUAUCCAAUAAGCAUCAAAAUGCGAAGGUGUUGUCUGGUGAAAUCACAAAUGUGUGUCCUGCUUCUCCUUGGUUAUCCGGAAAACAAUUUCACACCCCUGGACCAGAUGCCAUGCAAAAUGGAAAAAAUGGCAAAAGUGAGACUAGUAUUAGUCAUUCAAGUGUUGAUUCUCGUCUUGUUUCGAACUUGGGAUUGGAUGAAUUGACAGCCUCAUCUCAUGUCAAUAAAUUGAUCGAAGACCUUCGAAGCCAAUCAAUUGAAGUGCAAACUACGGCUGCAGAAGAAUUGCGGCUCCUUACAAAGCAUAACACGGAAAACCGUAUCAUUGUAGGACAAUGUGGGGCUGUCAAGCCUUUACUUUCGUUGCUAUAUUCAGACGGGAACCUAACGCAAGAGCAUGCCGUUACAGCUCUGCUGAAUUUGUCAAUUAACGAAGACAACAAGGCCUUGAUUAUGGAAGCAGGAGCUAUAGAUCCCCUUAUCCAUGUUUUAAAGACAGGAAAUGAUGGAGCCAAGGAGAAUUCUGCGGCAGCUCUAUUCAGCCUCUCUGUACUAGAGAACAGUAAAGCAAAAAUCGGCCGUUCUGGUGCAGUUAAAGCUUUGGUGGAUCUUCUUGCCUCAGGAACACUUAGAGGAAAGAAAGACGCUGCUACUGCUUUAUAUAACCUCUCAAUAUUUCACGAAAAUAAAGCUCGUAUAGUUCAAGCUGGAGCUGUGAAGUUUCUGGUUCAGAUGAUGGAUCCUGAUGAUGGAAUGGUUGACAAGGCCAUUGCUCUUCUGUCAAACCUGUCGACAAUUGCAGAGGGAAGGUUAGAAAUUGCAAGAGAAGGGGGAAUCCCCUUACUAGUUGAAAUUGUUGAAUCAGGUUCUCAGAGGGGAAAGGAAAAUGCUGCUUCUAUCCUCUUGCAAUUAUGCCUUCAUAGUUCAAGGUUUUGUACACUGGUUUUACAAGAAGGAGCUGUACCUCCCUUAGUUGCAUUAUCUCAAUCUGGUACGCUGAGAGCAAAGGAAAAGGCACAACAACUUCUCAGUCAUUUUCGUAAUCAGCGAGAAGGAGCUACCGGGAAGGGAAAAUCAUGAAGAUAGAGAAUUUUGGUUAUUUCAUUACUCCCUCCUUUCUAGCCUAAGUAAUAUUCUAUAUUCCUCUUGAUUCUAUAGAUUUAGGAAUCUUUUCAUUGCAUUCUUUUAAUUUUUUACAUUUAUUAUUUUGGAAACUGUUUUUUAUUUAUUUUUUAUCUUAGUGGUUUGUCAUUUGGUUAUUAUUUCAAAUUCAGAAUGGGUAUCUAUUUUCCAAUUUUUGUAUGUGCUUAAGUUUUUUUUCUUCUUUUCUACUUUGGUGGGUGUUCAUGGGAGGAAUUAAGCCACUUUAUGAAGCUUCAGCUUUUGGUAAGAUGUAAUCCACAACACUAUUCUACUAGAGCAUAGCUGAUUUAGUCCCAAGUAAGUCUAGUACAAAUUUGUACAUAAUAUAGAUUCUUGUGAUCUACUAUAAAUUUGUGUUCCUUAUACUGUUCAUUGAACUUUUUAUUACUAGACA